AUGGCCAAACCCACGCGUCACGGUCCUCAUGACAUGCUCAACAUCUUUCAGGACAACUUUUUCGAGAACGCGACUCCCAUGAUCAGCCACGCUCCGAUGCCCUCGACGUCGAAACCACCGCGUCGCCCCCUCCAGAGCUCAGACACUAACAUCGUGCUGAACCCGCCUAUCAUGUUCCCAGCUACUCAUUCACCGCUCAAGCCGGCUUCGCAAAAGGCGACAAACCCAACGACACCGCUGAAGGCCAUGCAAGGCCAACAGCUGAACAUGGUCGCGUUCAAGCCCCCCCAGAACCCGAUGAGGCCGACCGAUUGCAUCCAGAAGAAACAGCCUUUCAUGUCGCGGUUUAAAACUGUCGCGCAGAAGCCUGUGGUGGAGCCAGGAUUGAACUUCCCUGGAAACGAAAACGCGCCGCGACCAAUUCUCUACCAGCCCGGAGCCGCAAUGAACCUCUCAAUUGAGAACUACUAUCAGAAGCCAAAGGGCAAGCGGUUGCUAGAACCGGCCCCUAUCAAGGACUCGAGGCCGCAGAAGAAGCCCAGGCUGGAGGAUAGCCCCCUGCCGCCCCACGAUUCGUUUCCCGCCAUCACCGACGACGGAACCAAGCCCGGUCACAGCUACGCGACGCUGAUCGGGAUGGCUAUCUUGCGAUCGCCGCAUCGUCGGCUGACUCUGUCCCAGAUCUACAAGUGGAUCUCGGACACGUAUUCGUUCUACAACCCCCAGGAUGCAGGCUGGCAGAACAGCAUUCGGCACAAUCUGAGUCUGAACAAGGCUUUCGUGAAGCAGGAGCGGCCCAAGGACGACCCGGGCAAGGGAAAUUACUGGGCAAUCGAGCCCGGUAUGGAACAUCAGUUCAUGAAGGAGAAGCCGACGCGCAAGUCCGCCAUCACCGCAGAGAACCUGCCGGUCAUGACCACACUCGAGCCGUCGAUGCCCCUUGGACCUGCCAUGCAAGAACCCGCCCUACCUCCCCAACUGCCCGUCAUUGCCCCGAGUCUGCCCAACAUGCAGCCGUACCAUGCGCCGGCUGCUCCUCUGCAACACGAGCCUUCAUCAGACGCGACGAUUCCCGUAUCGGACUCGGCCGCACCGGAGGAGUCCUUGGAGAAGACUGUCGAGACUGAGGCACCCUUUGAUUCGAGCUUGUACUCGCCGUUGCCCGCUGCAAUGCAUUCCUCGCCUCCUAUUCCACGCCACAUAGAAGCUCAUCACGGCACCCCUCCCCCUCCGCCGAGACAACUUGGCUCCUCCAUUACGCGGUCACACAAACGCAAAUUUGCCUCGAUGGAUGAUAGCGGUUAUAUUUCCUCGCUCGAGUCAUCCGUCCUGAGGGGCAAUCAGCAUGCAAAGUUGCUUACUUCGGAAGCCGACCGUCCUAGAAUCAAGCGUGGUCGCGCCGGUCGAGCGGAGGAGGAGAUCGCGCGGUUACGCGCUUCUUCAUAUGACAGCCCGUCCAAGGGACGCUCAUGGAAUGGCCUCGGUCCUCAAUCGUCUUCUCCGCUCCGUCAAAUACCGCAAAAUGACGCGCACCAAAUGCGACCGCCGCGUACUCCGGCUAUCAAGCUCAAGGCCCUGCCUCAGCCUCCGCCGUCAAAUUCGCCCAACACGAACUUGCGGAUACACCGAGACAAGGUGCAGAGCAUGCUUCAGUCGCCCCUACGUCGCAUCCACAACGCCGAGGACGAUAGCAAUAUCUUCUUCACCCCUAACCAGCAGAAGAUUGGGGACUUCUCGCUCGACCACCAUUUCAACGUGGAUCUUGGCUCCUCCAACUAUCAUGGUAUCGGUUUCGAUAUCCACAAUGAUGAUAUGACAUCCUUCUUUCACGACAUUGAAUCUCCUAUCAAACGCUCUGCGAAGCGCAUGCGUCUCGAUCGGACCCAGUCUGCAGGCAUUCUCGGCGAGGUGACCAACCCGAGCGCCCGCAAGUCCGUGACGUCUGCUCCGCUUCUCAAGGUUCCUGGCCAGUCCCCAGCUAUCGCUUUUGAUACCCCCAGCAAGGCCUUUGACGGCUUGAUGUCAUCUCCGAGUAAAUUCUUUGCUUUCCAGUCGCCGCUCAAGAUGCAGUCGACAAUGGAUGAGAACGAUGAGAAUGCCUGGAAUCUGGAUGAUUUCUACUCGACAGAUCUGAUUCAGGACAAUGAUGAAUGUUCAGGCCUGGACAUCCUGCAGGGUUUCGAGAAGAUCGGGGCUUCUGCUCAACCUGUCCGGCCAUCCACUGGCGUGUCCAAGCCUGCUCUUGGACGCAGCUAUACCACCAAUUUCUGA